UUUUCUUUAAUUAGCCAUUGAGCAAUAGAACACACAUGGAGGCUCCUUUCCUGUGGUCUCGUUACAAGUAUUUUGAGUUACAAUGACAUUCUUUGUUUUGCAUGCUAGUCAUUUAGAUCAGAUAUUAUAGAUUAAUACAAUCAAGUCAUACUUAAGUACAAUAGAUGGAGCAAAGGGGAACAGAACGCAUCAGUUCCAUAGACAAAUUCCACUGUCCACAAUGGGGUAGAGGUAAUCAGACAGUCCCUAAGCUUACGGACGGACAGUUCAGAAGCCCAUAACACAGGGGAAGUACUUGUUCCUGGGUCCAGUGAUAGGUAGUUUCAAGCUUCUGUAUCUUCUGCUUGACCUAGCAGGGGGAAGAAGGAAUGACUGGGGUGUGACAAGUCUUUGAUUAAGUUGGCUGCUUGCCUGGGCUGUGUAAAGUUUAGAUGAAAUGAAGUCAACAGUGGAAGUCCGGUAUCUAGGCUGCAUCAGACUCUAUAAUUUCUUGCGAUGGGGCAAGGGCAUCUGUGGCAACCAGUUGGAUUUCCGUGGAAGGCAAGCAGAAGUCAUGCAGGCCGCCUCAGUGUGGCUGGUUGGUACAAGUGCGCAAUGAAUGAAUGUAUGGCCGACGAUUAAAUCGCCCCCUUUCCUGCAACUUCUACCUCUGUGGCGAGAUCGAACUAGAGGCAUCUCCUCUAACCAGCGCCUCCGGUGGUCCUGCGGGAAGUAUAAAGACACUGUCCAUGAUCUCGCCCUGGCCCAAACCUUGGCGGUGGGUGGAGAAUGCCAGGGCAAUUGCCGGCUAGGGAUGUUGUGACCAGCCGUAGUAGUCUGGCUGACUUCAGGCAGAAGGAGCAGAGCAGAGGAUAGCCCGACACGAGGGAGUGGCCGUGAAGGCCCCCUGUGCCCCUGGUCCAGGCGAGUCAAAAGACCCUUUGAAGGCGUUUGCUCUGAAGUUGAUCUGGCUCAGGGAUCUGGGCUGUUUACCAGAUCUCAGUGGUUACGCUCUCCCUGGGGAAGCCGUCCCGUGAAGUUGCCAAGAGUGCACGGCGGUCGAACGCUCUCCUUUUUUGGGUUGAAAAGAAUCCGCAGAUUUAACGUCUCCUGAGCAGUUCCCGAUUGAGCGAGGCGCCGAGGACCAUGACGGGGAGUAACAUGGCGGACGCGUUGGCCAGUGCUACCUGUGGCCACUGCCGCUCGCACUUUGACCCCACGGAGCGAAUUGUCAACAGCAAUGGGGAGCUGUACCACGAGAAGUGCUUUGUGUGUGCGCAGUGCUUCCAGCAGUUCCCAGGAGGCGUGUUUUAUGAGUUUGAAGGAAGGAUGUACUGUGAACACGACUUCCAGAUGUUGUUCGCUCCCUGCUGUGGACAGUGUGGAGAGUUUAUCAUUGGCCGUGUCAUCAAGGCAAUGAACAACAACUGGCACCCGGACUGCUUCUGCUGCGAGAUCUGCUCGGUGGCCUUGGCGGACCUGGGUUUUGUGAAGAAUGAGGACAGGCAUCUGUGCAGACCCUGCCACAACCGGGAAAAGGCAAAGCGACUUGGCCAGUACAUCUGUCAGAAGUGUCAUCUGAUUAUUGACGAGGUGCCACUAAUGUACAAGAGUGAUCCCUAUCACGCUGACCAUUUCAACUGCACCCACUGUGGGAAGGAGCUCACGCCGGAUGCCCGGGAGAUGAAGGGGGGUCUCUACUGCCUGCCCUGCCACGACAAGGCGGGGGUCCCCAUCUGUGGGGCGUGUCGGCGACCCAUCGAGGGCCGCGUGGUCAAUGCCCUGGGGAAACAGUGGCACGUCGAGCAUUUUGUCUGUGCCAAGUGUGAGAAACCGUUUCUGGGGCACCAUCACUUUGAACGGAAAGGACUGGCCUACUGUGAGAAGCAUUACAACCAGCUGUAUGGAGAUGUGUGCUAUCACUGUAACCGGGUGAUUGAGGGUGAUGUGGUGUCGGCUCUCAACAAGUCCUGGUGUGUUCACUGUUUCGCUUGCUCCAACUGUCACUCCAAGCUCACCCUGAAGAACAGGUUUGUGGAGUUCGACAUGAAGCCCGUGUGCAAACGAUGUUACGAGAAGUUCCCGCUGGAACUGAAGAAGCGACUGAAGAAGCUGUCUGAGAGAAACAUGCGGAAGUAAGGCCAGGGCUGCAGCGGUCCGUGAAUCCUGGUCCUCUGGGAUAGGGGCCGGGACACCCUCGAUAUAUUCAGCGAGGAGAGCACAAUGCCACGCUUGACUCAAUCAUUUACUUACCAGUG